AGGUUAGAUAAACAAAAGGCAUGGCGGCUUGCGCGGGUGUAGUUCCGUUUAUUCAAUGCAGGAUGUUAAUUUUAAAUCAAAUUCGCCUCUCCUGUUGCAAGCGAACAUUUUCAAACACCCCUAAGCGACUGACACCUAGUUCCGGAAAUACGAACCGGUCGCUGCGGCCGCUGGCCGGCGGCGCCGCCACGCGCGGCCUGCGCAUCUACACCAAGACGGGCGACGGCGGCACCUCCAGCACGUUCACCGGUCAGCGGCUGCCCAAGGACGACGCCCUGUUCGAGGCGCUCGGCUCUGUGGACGAGCUGUCGGCCACCGUCGGGCUGGCGCGCGUGCUGGCACGGGACGCCAGCCACACGUACUGCUGGCAGCUGGAGCGUGUCCAGUGUGCGCUGCAGGAGGUGGGCUCGCUGGUGGCCACUCCGCGCGGCUCGGCGCGGCCAGCGCACACGCGGCGCACGGGCCAGCGCGUGCCGGCCGCCUGGGUGACCGAGCUGGAGGCCUGGAUAGACGAGCACACAGCGCGGCUGCCGCCUCUGACCAACUUUAUCCUCCCGGGCGGCGGUGUGGCCGGCGCCACGCUGCACCUAGCACGCACCGUGUGUCGCCGCGCAGAGAGGGUGGUCACGCCGCUCACCAGAGCCGACCGCGUGGACGCCAGCGUGGCUGUCUACCUGAACCGACUGUCGGACUUUUUGUUCACGGUGGCCCGGGUGGCUGCGGCGGCCGACGGCGUCGACGAGGAGGUGUACGUGCGACCGCCGCCGAGCCAGCCGUCAGAGUGACCGGUAACAAUAGGUCGGAGUGGUCUGCCAGGCCUCUCCCGUCAGGUCGGAGUGGUCUGCCAGGCCGCGGCUGCGCCGUCCCAUAGCUGCCCCCUCCCCCAGCGCGGCCCCCACUGGCGCAGUGCUCUGCAGGCGCAUAUAGCGACGAGGGAGCUGACGCACAGCUGCGCCGGCCACGCUGGGCGCGACAGUCGGCACACGACCCGCCACCUACAAAAUGCAAAAACAAAACGGGACUAAAAAUGACCUCAAAGCUCGGAUCAUCGGGCAUCCAGUUACGCCCGAGGCCUGAUCUGUGUAGAUCUGAUAUGGGUGUUGUGAAACGGGAUGUGGUAUAAAUAGUAAAUACGCUGCGGCUUGAAACUGCAUUUGAAGUUAUUAAGCAGUCGCGUUGUGAAACAUGAGCGCUCUCUGUCUCGGCGUCGCUGGGUAUGUCGUGUGCAAGCGCUGUAAUGAAAAAAUAUACCCGCUCGUCAGCU